GUCGGCGCCAGCUUCGGAGGCUGCGGCCCCAUCGACAUCAAAUGCAUCUGCAGCAACGAGGCGCUGAUCAGCGACCUCUCGUGCUGCGUCGCGAACCGCUGUAGCCCGGAGGAUCAGCAAGCCACCAUCGACUUCGCUGUCAACCUCUGCCGCACCUACCAAAUCUCCGUCCCCACCUCCGCCUCCUGCCCCGCCGGCUCCGAGCCCACCUCCGGCCCCGAAUCGUCCGCC